GAGCGGCCGCCGUAGCAGAAUCGUUUGAAAUGCCGUAGCGUACGGACGGUGCCCACGACACGAGCGACCGAGCGACCGAGUGAUUUCUGCUGCCCGACAGCGACCAAUGUUCCGCGCGCGCAAUCGCAACUUCUCCCGCCCUUUAACACGUGUGCGUUUGUGUGUAUGUGUGUGUGCCAGUGAGUGUGUAUGCAGUUUCUUAACUGUGCAGCAGGCGUCUCCGCGACAACAACGCUCGGUUUUAGUCUUCUCGUCAUCCGCGGCACACAUCUCCCACGGCUGCACGCGGCGCGUAAGUGCAACACGGCAGCUUCCGCGCGCGCCGCAAGUUCCCUAUUUGCGUAAUCCCGGGUCGCAGGUACGCACAGCACAGUUAGGCCGUGGUGACAAACUUUAGCGUUUGGCAGUUGUUCGUGUAUCAGAAUUGGAGAAAAAACGUGUGAAGAAAAGUUUAAACAUAAAACUAAAGCAGAGAAGUAGAGUGUGUGUGUUUGUGAGUGAGUUAAAAAAGUGAGUGUGUGUGUUGAUCUUGAAUUGAAGUGUCAAGCAUGUGUCGGGAGAGGAAAGAUACUGUGCGCAUGCAGUUCUGUGGCGCUAUUUCAUGCGUAUCGCCGAUGUACAAACGUUAAUUUUGAGUGUGCGUGAACGUUAAGGUGACGUAGUGAGCCAAAUUUUUGUGAGGUUACAAAGCGCCGUCACAUACACUCUCCAGCAUCAAGUGAAGCUCUAAAGACCAGUAACACAAUCGAAACAGGCGGCUCGAGCACCGUGUCCCGCUCGUGCAGCACUCCGACCAGCCGCGAUGCCAUCGGACACACCACCCCCGUCCGCAACAUCGGUGUCCCAUCCGUCACCAGCGUCGAGCCAUCACGAUCCGAACGAUCCGAACGCCCCGCCCAGGGACCCGGUGGACCGAUCGGGCACGGGGACGCCCGGCCCCUCGGACCACCCGACCGGUGGUCACCUCGGUCACCAUCAACCACCGUCGAGCUCGUCCUCGUCCAGCUCGUCCUCGUCGUCCUCCAGCACGUCCUCGUCGCUCUCAUCCCUCUCCCUGAAGCGCUCACUGGAGGAACCGCUGACCACCGCGAAACCGUCGCCCCCUUGCUCGCCCCUCACAAUGGAUCAUCAUCAUCAGCACAAGGCCGCCCGCCAGUCGAGAGCCGCAAGCCCGGCCGGACGUUCCACCCAGCAACAGGCGAGCCCAAGCGCCCCCGGAACCGGUGGCUCUUCCUCCGGUGGUGGUGGUGGUGGACAGCAGUUCUGUCUGCGCUGGAACAACUACCAGACCAACCUGACGAGCGUGUUCGAUCAGCUGCUGCAGAGCGAAUCGUUCGUCGACGUCACGCUCGCCUGCGACGGCCAGUCGAUGAAGGCGCACAAGAUGGUGCUGUCCGCCUGCAGCCCCUACUUCCAGACGCUGUUCUUCGACAACCCCUGCCAGCACCCGAUCGUGAUCAUGCGCGACGUUAGCUGGGCCGAGCUGAAGGCGAUCGUGGAGUUUAUGUACAAGGGCGAGAUCAACGUGAGCCAGGACCAGAUCGGGCCGCUGCUGAAGGUGGCCGAGAUGCUGAAGAUACGCGGGCUGGCCGAUGUGAGCGGUGAUGCGGGCGAGCCGACGGGCAGCCGGGCCGAGCGGGAAGCGGCCGGAAGCCGUGGCCCCGAGGAGCUGGAUCGCGAGGAGCACGGCAAGCUGCUGAAUCCGCUGGCGAUCGUCGGAAGCUCGCUGCUCGCCAAUGGUGCGGCCUCGGCAGCAAUGGCGGGCGGCAAUGGGUCGAACAGUACGGCCACGAGCGGAUCGGCCGCCGUACAGGCGGCAGCGGCGGCUGCGGCCGCGAAGAAACAGCGAGCGGGCCGCGAUCGCGACACGACCAAAGAGCACCGGAUGGACGCACGGCUGAGCGAGUUCGCGCGCGACCUUUCGCGGGCCGAUCCGCACAUCUCGUCGCGCGACAUUAGCAGCGUGGCGGCGGCUGCGGCGGCGGCUGCCGCGGCCGCUGCCGGGCUGGCGGUAGGCGAGUGGCCGCUCGGAGCGGCCGGGCUAGAGGCGGCCGCAGCGGCCGCCGUUCAGGCCUCCACGCCCAAGAGUGCACGCAAGCGCCGGUGGCCCUCGGGCGAGCGGAGCAGCAUCGGCAGUCCGGCUGACAGUACGCCGGACCAGCUGGAGGUACCGUCGCCGAUACCGCCCACCCCGUCCAGCCUGGCACAGUCGAGUGGGGGAGGCGGAGGUGGUGGUGGUGGUGGUGGCGGUGGAACAGGAAGUGGUGGUGGUGGCGGUGGGUCGAGCAAUCCGCUCGCAUCGUUCCCGCUGCCGCCGGCACUGGAUACGGCCGCGAUGGCGAUGUCGUCGCUGUCGUCCUCGAUCGCGAACCAUCCGGAUGACAUGGAGAUCAAGCCGGGCAUCGCGGAGAUGAUACGCGAGGAAGAAAGGGUAAGGCCAGGAAGAUUAAAAGUAUUCAGCCCAGCUGAAAACAAUUUUCAACAAAUUUGCCGUUUUUGGAACCCCUCUAGGACGGUGGAGAGGAGAGGGGCUUGAGGACGAUCAAGAUGAGUAAUCUACUUUGUUACGAGCCUGUUUAUUAUUAUUAUUAUUCUCAACGGUUAGCCUCGUACCGCUGCAUGUGAAGCAGCAAAUAUGAAACCGACGACGCAUGCACAUAAAAGUGCAUCAAAGCAUAAUUGUGUUUCUUUUUAUGUCCAAUGCAUGGUUCCGUGCCUCUUCUCCAUCACCACCACCACCGGCAGCGGCAGAGCAAAUUUCAUGUGAAAGUCACCGUACAAUAAGCCAUAAAACCCGGUUUGGUUGGUGCGCACUACCGUUGCAUGGCACAUAAUCUUCCCCCGGGCGUAAAACGAAGGUUUUCUUAGAGUUUAGAUACCCAAAAAUUAAAACGCACAAACUAUCCCAUUCCGCUCGCGUCAUUUGUUCGCGGGGUCAUAAAAACGCACUUUUUUUUAGACGUUUAACGGCCGAACCAUUUAUUGCACUGCCCGGUGCGCUAAGGGAUGGGGAACAAAACGUGCCACCGUGUCUCUAAAAACUAAAACUUUAUGAAGCGAAAAGUAAUACCUUUUUUGCGCACAACUUAAAUUAACAUUACUUUAAGGAAUUUCGAACAACAACAGGAAAAACAAAUGAUCGUUUUACAAAUGCUCACUGCACGAACAAAUUUAAUUACUUUAUUUGUUGCUGCUGGGCUGUGAUUUAGAAAACUCUAGGCCCCGGCGUAGAACCUCUCAACAAGGGAGUUUUUUGGUUUUUUUUUCGAGCGUAUGGGUAAACAGACUGAGCACAUUUCAAUUUUAUGAUCGGUAAACUUUAAUUGCGCAGCGUCAAUUUGUUAACGCUCCUCACGCACGGGAGGGUUGCAGCGCGCCGUGUCCAAACCCCGAUGAUGGCCAUCGUGGGCCGGCAAGCCGAAACGUUUUUCCGCCGCACGGGCCACGAUAUUAUGGGUUUUGAAACAAAACAAAAAAAAACAUCAAGAAAAUAUAUAAACCAUUAAAAUUAGGAAACGUUAAGAGUACGCGCAGGAAUACUAAUGCACACUGUCCUCCGUCAUCAUCGGCAGAGUGUGCACUGUGAAAUUGUUGAGAAUGAUGAGGUCGUUAAAAAUGGAAGCAUUUUUUCAUGUAGUACCAAACAAGCGUGGUGAUUGUGUUUGAUUAAAAUGCAUCAAAUUUCCCCCUGUAGAAAGCGAUUCGGUUUUACUGCGGAUGUUUGGAGUAAUUGUAAAGAGCGGCUUACACGAUGUACUUGUACAAAAUACGUAAACAUCAAACUGUACUUGUUGAACCACGUCAUAAAAGGAACCAACGUCAUUGUUUGCUCUUUACGCUCUUCUCCUGUGCCGAUUCACUUUUACUUUCUCCUCAUCUCCUCCCAACGUUCCCAGCGGAAGCACAGCAAUAUUAAUAAGCCAACAUUAAGAAAAGAAAUAGUUCACAAAAUAACAUACCGUUGGCUCGUACAUACCUUUAAUAAGAUAACAGUAAACCUUCAAAAGGGAACAAAUCCCGGGAUGGAACACCAAUUACAACUUCCCGGACCCUCCCAGGCACUGUCCUCCCGACAGCCCGCAGGCAGGUCGGUCGGUAAACUUCAAGUGCGUAUGUAACUCCGGGUGGGGCGUCGCGUCUGAUUACCCCCCCGUACCCGGUUGGAAUUGCAAUUCCACGUCUCCAGUAAAUGUCAGCAGAUUCUUGCUUCAUUUCCGGAACUGAAAAUUCAGACAUGAUCGAUGAAGAGUACAAAAGAGAGAGAAAGAGAAAGGGAGAGAGAGCCAAAUUCGAUAAUUUUUCACCUCGAAUUGGACCCGGCCGCGGGCUGCCUAUUACGCGGGCAUCAUUAAGCCGGCGAAGGUGGUCAAAGGCCGAUUCCGGGGGUCUCAUUUGUCGAGGCGAAGAUUGUCGAGUCAUCGUUGUUUAUGUUUGCCCGGUCCGGUGUGUGAGCUGGAAAUUCGUCUUCCGAGACAAGCCGUCCGUCCGUCGGAAGUUGUAAUCGGGGUCGCCAUUCCCUAGGCACCGUGUGUGUGUGUAUGGCCCUUUUUGCGCAGGCACUGUGGGUUUGACUGUACGAGAGGUCAGGUCAGCAGACGAUGAAAGGUAGCAGCUUCCGAAGGCAAUGUGUGUGUUUUUAUAGGGCCCAACGUGCGUCUUGGACAAUGUUUUAAGCAGAGGCCGAAACAGGCUUUUCCUCUUUUCUAUUUUAUGAUUAGCCUCUACCUUAACACGUUCCUAUUUUUCAGUAUUUUUUCUUUUGUAUUUAUUGAUGAUCUAAAACAAUAUGAUAAAACAUUGGAUUUCUCAUUUAUGAUCGUUUUCCUUCCGAUCAGUUACCAACAAGAUGAUGAUAUUAUAAUAAACGAACAAGAGUUUUAAAUCACAGCAUCAGAAGAACAAAAUACACAUCAAAAGAGAAAAAAGAAACAAUUUCAUAAGGCCUUUAAAAACACAAGAAAUUUCCCUUUUGCAAAAUCAACAUUAACAAAUCAAAGCAUCAAAAUUGUAAUUAAUUCAAUCAAAAUUGUAAUUAUGACACCACCAAAGCAUUAUUUCGUAGCCUAAAAUUGGACAAACAACUGGAAAACACCCCACGAUUUUGCUGAUUAUUGUAAAGCUGUCAUAUUCAUCUCUAUCCUUUUACUUGGUGUACGAUCAACAAUAAUGUUAAUUUUACCUGUUAACUUGACACAAGACAAGAUGUUUACUCUUUUUGACUAUUUUAUUUCGUUUCAAGAAAACCUCUUUUAUAUCGUUUAACGCAAGCAUACCUCCCAUAACGAAGCUACGAGCUGGAAAGGUGAAAAAACACACAAUUUCGACGUGUUUAUUCCGAACCCAAAACCGUUCCGCAACUAAAUCUUCAAAAUCUCCGCUCAUCUACAACGGCACAAAAAAACGGUUAGAUCUUGUCAUCAUCAUCAUCAUCAUCAUCAUCAUUGCCGUCACUAUUACCGUCACCAUCAAACGGUCAGUUCGGUUGUGGUCGUGCCGUUCGGCCGGCAUGGAUCAGAAGUAAAUUCCCUUUCCCGUCCCGGACCGCUACACCGUAAAACUCCCCCAAAACCGAGAAAAAAAACCAUCGCAAUUGUUUAUCUUUCACGAUCCGCGAGUUUUCGAUCCCCACGUUGUGUUUCUUCCCCAAAUGUUUUGUUUGUUGUUUUUUUUGUUUCUGUGUGCUAAAGUCGCACCGCGGCCGGAGAGCACAAAAAGGAACACCGCGCCCCAAACGCGGUCCGGCCCACCCUUAAUGGAAGAAGUUAUUUGAAUAAUUUACCAAUAAUAAUGACGAUUAUUGUUAUUGAAAUAUUAAAACAAAAUCUGCCGCGGGAGCGCACACGAAUUGGAGGUUGGAUGGGGGGGGAUGUUGGAAGGUUUCCGUUCACUUCAAUAACUGAGUGGCAAGAGCACCGUCAAGGCAGAGCAGUGGUAGGCAAGUAGAUACGCCGGCCUCUUCAACAAUGCGUUCCAUUUUUGGUGCGCUUCUCUCUCUGUCUCAGCGACAAGCCUUUCUUGCACACUUCUUCACUUCACAGCGCGUGUUGCGGUCUCUUUUAAUGUACUCUAUCUUUUUUUUCUGUAAUUUUGUACCGUAAAGUUGUCGCCGGCAAUGGUUUCCUCCAGUGCCUUCCCACAACGACCGCUUUUGGGACGGUUUUGGAGUGCCGCACGCGCAAGUUUAGCUUUUAUUAUUUUCCUGAGCUUAAUCUAAAAUGAUACUCCGGUUUUUUUUUGUUCAUUUUGGUUGAUGGUUUGCUUUCGUUUGCUCACCGAACAUUAACUUAUUGUUUGCGUGAGCGGACUGACACCAUUUGAAGGUGCGUACAGGCGGUGGUGAGUGGUUGCUUCAAUUCAGCUACGGGUUUAAGUGUAGAAAUUGAGGGAAACCAGUGAAACAGACAUCGAUGCUGACACUUUUCUUUCCUCUAAAGAGAAAUUCAGUAAUGAUUUUUUAUACUCUGAAAUAAAGACCUACACUUCGAAAUGCUGAGUAGUAACUUUAAUAUAAAACACACAAAAACGACUGAAAAUUCCAGCGAGAACAAGAGAUACAUGUUCAGUAAAAAGUACAAAAUGCAUCCUCGUUUGUCUUUUCCGUUUAACACAGCCAGCAAAGAUAUACUCUUCGCCCUCCAUCAAAAGACACUACACAAUGGCCGUACAUAGGAUGUAGACCGAAUCCUUCACCACCGUAUGCCACCCAUAUCCCGGACACACUCUUGUCGCUUUAUGAGAGAGAGAGGAAGCGUCAAGCGCGUUGACGUGUCGAAGUGGUUCAUCAUGUGCAUCACCCUGGAACAAUCAUAAUGCACGCGUUAAGACGAGGUGUAACUUUUUCCUCUUCCAAAUAGCAGCUACUCACCUUUUCUGCCACCCUUUUCUGCUGUUCAUGCUUACACAUACACACGCGCACACACAAGAGAAGGUGACAAAGAGCGAUUAUCAACAAAUGGAUGGUUUUGUCUGAAGGAAACGAGCUAACCAGGAGGGAGGGAGUAUGUGGUGUACACAUUUGUAGUACACAAAUGCCACCUUGUAAAGGAUGUGCAACGUUUGUGAAAUGUGAAGAGUUAAUCCCGUAAGUCUGACAAGACUUGGAGGGGAGCAGCCAAAUGCAAACCAAAUGUAUUCAUAUCGGAGGUCGGAAAAGAUUAUAUGUUUAAAGACCUUUUCGGUUGUACAACAGAAUACAGCACAGCCACUCUUUAAGGAGAUGGCUCUUACAACUUGGAGCAGCAUCACGAAAUAGACCAAACGUGAGGUUGGAGUAACCAAGAAGCAGAGAGUUAAAAUAAAGCCUUCAGUUACGGCAGAUUUAAAUAUUUGUGAGAUCUGUAUUCCAAUUGACCGUCUUAGAAGAUCUAAAUAAUUAAACUCCAUAUCCAGAUUCAAGAAGUUUGACUUAGGAACUUACGAACCUACGAUAGACAUUCAUAACAUGACGAGAUCAUCAAAACGAUUAUAUCAUGGACAGAAUUCAACUUGAAAUAAUUAUAUAAAGCUUCAUUCAAAUCGUACGUCAUUCCCUUUUUGACUGUGCUCCAAAUGUGCCUAUUUACAUACCACAUUAAACAGAUGCAUUAGCACCUUGAUCAAUAAUAUGCUAGACUCGCGUGACACACAGAGCGAAGUGAACUCUUCCGAAAAUCGAAAGACAAACAACAGCCCCAGUCACACCAACUUUCUCCGGCAAUAAUUUAAUAUGAAACACCUAUAAUUAUGCAUUCGUUCUUAAUUACCAACACACGAAAGCAGAUAUACGCGAGAGGUUGCUGGUCGAUUCGUCGCGAAGCAAACACCAAACCCAUGCAGCACCUCUUUUUUUUUCUUCUAUUUCGUUUGUAAAUGCGCUAAAUGGUGUGUUAAACGGUCGACACGCGCGUCCGUUCUCGUACUUCACUGCUGUUUGGAGUUUAGUGACGCUUUUUUUUCGUGACGGCGUUACGAUGUUCUUAAAGUUACACCGUUUCCAAGUGUAUUAGCUGUCCCCUUUGUUUGCUUUUCAAGCUUGUUUUUCUUGUUCAAAAUCACAACACACGUAAACCCGCUCGAGAUUUGCCAUUUUGUCUGCUAAGAAGGGAGGAGAUUCCUUGCGAACGACACUAGCUGUACAUCCCUUUGGGGAGAUACGCCCCACCAAUGGUAAUGACGCUGAUGAAGCUCAUGAUGCUGACGAUGAUGCUGAUGAUGAGAUUAACAGUGUUCGGAAGCAGUCGCGAACGAGAGCAAACCACCAAUCGACCAGCUAGACUCAGUCGCAGUCUCUGCUCCAUAUCCCACCAAGUGCACCGUAGCGUUCGUCGCGUGAGUUCACGAAGGCAUCAGCAUCUCACACACAUACCCCGUACCCAUACUGGCAGGAUCUUAUCGCAUAACCGCAAUCGGUUAGUGGCCGUUGUCAGUCAGUUGGCGCCUGAAGGGAUUUGCUUCUCACUUGCAUAGCUCUCGCUAACACCGUAGCACCUUACCACGCUUUGCCGUCCAGCGAAAGAGAUAGAGAGAGAGAGAGAGAGAGAGAGAGAAAGAGCGCGUGGGGAGGUCAAGAAGCAGCUCGGUAAGAAGAACGCUAGCACAUUUUAUUAUGUAUAAGGAUCGCAGGGCGUCCCAGAAUGGCAGAAAGGAAACACGACCCUUAGCGUACGGAACCUGUUGCCUUGUGGCGCGCUUCGUUCGCACGUUUCGUUUCGGGAACUAAGGCAAAGGUGCCCGUGCGAUUCGAACGGAACGGAGUUUGGGAGUACGCGCUCAAAGCGCCCGGUGUGUACCGAGUGUGUGUGUACGUGUGCGCGCUACCAAGACUAGACGUUGGCUAGACAUCGUGACGUUGGCAAAUGAACCGGCUGGGGAUUCCAACACCGGCUGGGAUUGCUUUACACCAUUGCUUACGAUUGGGAGUCCGUUUUGGGGGUGAUGCUCCUUUUUGUCGAGUUGUUUUUGGCUUUCUUAUUUCAGUGUAAGUAUCCAACGGCCACUGGCACAGUAUUGAGCAACUCAUUUGCCCAUUCUGCUUUGAGAAUCGUCAAGAUUUGAGCGCUCAACUCUUUACACCUCGAUUGCGCCACAUUAGACAACCGUGUGUGGGUGUAUAUUUAGUUGUAUUUUACUUACCUUUUUAAAACGAAGUAUUUGUUCAUAUGGAGACCGUCUGCCACGCCAGAAUCAGUUUACUACUAAGCACAGGCAAAAGCAAAGUCUGGCCCGUCUCAACCCAAUCUCAUCACAACUUUUUUUGGGUGAUCAAAACACCGCUUAAUUUAUCGAAGAGCGCAGUCUGAUGUCUUUGUCUCUUUCGCUGCCCCCCCCCCCAAAAAAGCAAUAUUUAUGUCUCCUCCAAUAUAUUACUAUUUGCUUAGGUGUGUCUGGGCAAACAGCAUUCCAACCGGCAGGAUGAUACCAAUCUUUACACUACAAUUCCAUUGAAAUUUAUAAGUCUCCGCCACAAUAACAAACAACCGAUGGUCUGUCAUCGCGAUAACGAAAACAAUCAGCUCGGUCAAUAAUACCUUAAGCGUGUGUUUUAUCCUUCAUCGCACCAUAAACUAUCUUUAAGGAAAUUCAACCAAUAUACUCCACAAACACAUACCACUUAUCGCACACACGGGUUUUGCGAGCGGCAUUAAUGCAGUAGAGCAACAGGUUUAUGCAACAUUGCAACGGCGGCUCAAAAACCCGCUCUCGAAAAGUCAAUUGAAGCAGAACAUUUUAUGACACCCGGGUAACGGGAACCGGGUGGCAACUGUGCCGCAAAUCAUAAUCGACAAUCAGACCAUCAGGGCCAGUCCGGCAUGUCCCGGGUAUGUGGGGUUUUGCGCCUACGGUUUACCGGGGGAGCGAAGAUAACAUUAAUUGUGAUUUUGAUUUUCAUCACCGUAAUUCCGGUUUCUGUAAAACUGAAGCUCCCGGCACACGGGGUGGCGAUUAUUAUUUUCACAUUUACCAGUGCACGGUACAUAAAUCAUACUUAGCAUCAUAUGCGUACGGUUGCGCGCUUCUUCUGGAUGAAGCAGUGGGAUCUUCCCACACUUGAGCGUCCGAUGGUGUAUGGACAGAAGGCAGAAGCAUCCCCUCAGCAGGCUUAAGGUUGUGGUGCAUCUUUAUCAGACUAGAAACGACAUUCCUUACCACAAUCUGCACACACACACACACACACACCGGAGUCCAGAGUCCAGAUCUAGGAGAGAUGCUGCAAUCAACUGAUCGUUUGCAUUUAAAAAAGGCCUAACAAGCAAUGCAACCGGAAUGGCACAGAAUGCAGGAAGUCGUAACCAUUAAACAAUUAAUUUUAUUUUCCACUAGAAAAUGAGGCACUUGCCGUAACGCUUACUAACGAUAUGGCGUGGUUUAAGAGCAUCUAUUAUUAUUUUUAUGUAAAAAGCAAAGUAGCUCUUGUGAAUCUUUUAUUAAGCUAACUUGUUUGCUAUAAUAGUUCAGUAGAAUACCAUCAUUACCCAAGAACCUUUUUGAAACGAGCUGAAAGAGUUCAACCAUCCUUUAUCCAAUCUUAACUCUUUUAACUUAAGUACAGUAAAGUGAUGUUUUCAAUAGUAUUUAAAAAUAAAGCGACAAGUACUUUAUUUAUGUUUUUGGCAAUAAAUAAUUGCAUCAACUCCUUCGAUAUUAAAGCCGAAAAUUAAACGAAACACAUAUGCGUAACUAUUGUACGCUACUGCUAUUAAUAUCGUUUAGGCUUCCUGGUUCAUACUAGACGCAAUUAGAUUCCCAAAAAAUGCGAAUAUUUUUAAUUUCCAAAGCAUAAAAACCAGUUGCGCCAUGCUUCUAAAAGUCUCAAAAAAAAUACAUAAGUUUGCCUUUUUCUGUGCCCUUCUGUGCACUACUAUGUGAGCAAAACAUUGCAAUGUCCAAUUUUUCGGUAAAGGUACAGGAAAUUGAAUCACGACUGCCCCAAAAACUGUGCUUUUGGUCAUACGAUUACGAAAAGAAAAAAAAACAGAAGCGAAAUAAAUAGUGCAGUUCAAUGUGCGAUAAUUUGAUUGGCAAAAUCGAAAGCAUUUCGAUGCUCGUGCAACCCCGACCUAAUCGAACUAGCAGCAUUGGUCAAUUUCCUGUUUCCACUGUACGAUAAACAAGGCUUAAAAUAGACCUGCUCGCAGCCCUUCUGCUUUGCCAAGGGAAAUGCUUUGCAAUUGAUAGUGUAUUUCAUUCGUAAAUAAUCCACCAUUUGUAACUUAUUAGCUUGCUGUACGUUGUUUGUAGGAAGAUUUCUAGCAGGAGCGUUAAAAAACAACUUCCCCAACCGGAUGCGUACAAGCACACACAACGGACAACAUGACCGGCGGUUAGGUUAGACCCACUUUCCGUCGCCCUCACACUGGCCUCGCUGGCCUCGUUCUAAUUAUAUUUCGCUAAUGAUUACAAUAAAUUAUCGCCAAUCGUUUGCCGAAGCGUUUGCCACGACGACGAUGCACAAACACAAAACGGCGAAACUACUGCAUCCAUUGUCCGGCACAUGUAAGGGCGGCCCUUCAGCCUCCGCUCAGCACUGCGCUGCAGUUUAUGUGCAUAUUUAAUAGGAAAAGUUGGCAACAAUGGUAUAAUAAAUGUAUUCCGCUCAACCCGCGCGCCUCUUGUCGCCAGGUGGAUGCAAAAUCGCGCGAAAACGCCGACCCCGUACGCUCUCCGCAUUUCGAAGACAAACAAUGAGCUUAUAAAUAUUAGAUAAUGUAAUGUACCGCCACCAUCGUCGUCGUCACCCGGCACCGUUCUAAUCGCUGCUGCAAAGGUGGAACCACACCGGACCGGGACGGGUCUUAAAUCCUACCCUUCCUGCUCUCCUCUUCUACACCUUGCGCGAAGGGCCAAUUUUCUUCAAACGCAACCGCGGCCAUUUGUCAAGUGUUCGAACGGGUGAUGCCUUCUUUGGCCGGUGUGUGGCCACCUGUUUGUCUUCACCGGUGCCGGCCGCCCUUUUAGAUGCUGCUGCAACAUUGGCUUCCCUUUUGGCUCGCUCGUGUGUGUGUGUGUGUCGCUGUGGAGGGAAGGGAGACAAAUAUUGUCCGAGUGCAGCCCCGUUUUCUGUUCAGCUGCUUAAUGAUGUGUUUAUAGGGAGAUUGUUUUACAAUAAAUUUACAUACAACGCAUUUGCAUGGAUGCCUGGCUUCCCGUACUCUGGGAGUGUAUAUUGUCCGGCGGGGAAGGGAAGAAGAGGGAGGAUGAUUGUGUGUUGCGUCAGUGCGCCACUUUGAGACGGCGACGAGAGCAGAGUCUUCUGGAAUUGCCGGUACGGUUCACGGCUCGCUUUUUCGCGUCCAUCCAUCAGUAACGAGUGAGUGAUUUUAAAGAAUCGAUCAGUUUUACACGAAACUCCAUCCAACGAACCAUAAACGGUUAGAGGAAAAGAGGGGAAGAGGAUGGUCAUUCUGCUGAGAAACAAAACCAGUUAAUUAGUUAAAAAUGUUUUUGAUAAAAAAAGGAAAUAAUUAAGGUUUAAUCGAGUUUUACCAAGAAAUCUAAAAAAGUGCAAAAAAUACGUUACAUUAUGAAUUUAAUUCGUAAAAUAAUUUUGUCCUUUCACACCACUUGGAUCCUGAGAAUGAAUUCUGGAAGAUGUAAAAUUCUUGGUUCUCAAGCAUUUACCACGUUUAUACCCUAAAAGACCGCCGAUUUUUCACAAAUUUUUGAACAGCCCUGUCUCAUUUUCACUAUAUGGAUUUGAAUUGUUGACUCUGAAACAUUAAAGAAAUUUUUAAACAAAUUACCAUAAAUGUUUACCUUCUGUUUUGCUGAAGACUGUGGCAGUUUCGAAUUUUUGGUACACUUCAAAGAACUUAUUUUAUUUUGUGACAUUUGCAUCACACAACCAUGCCUAAAUGAACCCACCCAGCACAGUACUACAAUAAAAAAAGACACUGUAAAUUAUUUAAAAGCUUGUUUUUGCACAAACUAAAACAAAUCAAACCAAUCCCGUUCGCUGCUGAAAGGAAAUGUAUACCUUCCAUUCAUUUAAUUCCCUCACCGACAGUCGAAACUAACCUCUCCUCCCUCAAAACGCAGUGAAAAGCUCAGAACGGCAAUGGAAAAACAAAAACUACACCGGGGGAUAAAAAGCGAAGGAAAUUAAAAGGAGAAAAAGCGAGCCUGAAAAGAAAACUAGUUAAAAUGUAUAUAAAAAUGCACAAAUAAAACCUAACCAACUUGUGCCGGCAGCGCGGACGCGCCCGACCCUGGGUGGGGAAGUAGUGAAUAAGAAAUGACUUUCAUUUAUCAUUGAUACGCCGUGGCACAAACAUGCAUUCCUAACCAUAUACUGUGCACUGAAGAGAGUGCUUUUUUCGCCACUACCAACCCCACCCGUCCACCCAGCAGGAAAAGUGCCUCUCCGACGAGCACGUUGGAAAAUGUUGUACACGGUGUGACGGUUCGGGACGGUGCGGUACUAACAAAUAAAUCAUACAUAUAACGUGCUGUACACUGUACUUGUGUAAAAUAAAAUACGAAUGUCCUGGCGUAACCAUUUUUUUCUUCCUUUUUCUCUCUCUCUCUGCAAUGUGUGUGUGUGUGUGUGUGUCGGCGUCUGCUAUUCAUUUUAUCCAACGGCGACGAACCACAUGCAACCGCGUUUGGGAAAGAGGUAUGAUUUGGAUAUGUCAAAAGAAGGCCUCUCUCGUACUCGAAUUCCCCGGGCUCGAAUCGAACCCAGCCGACCGACCAACGUAGAGCAAGUAUAUAUGUGUGUGUGGGUGGAGUGGUUUUGUAAUCAUUUUCAUAUCAACUCACACCGUAGGACGCUCACUGGUCCCCCACGCCACAGCACGUGGAGAGUACAUCGCGCCACACAUUUCUCGCCCAGGACACGGGUACGGUUGUACAAGCUAAUUCUGCACCGUUUCGGCAAAACCAAUCAAGCAGGAAAACGCCGGCCGAAAGAACUGAGCUGUAGAACAGCCAAACCCUCAAUGCCACACCACCCCGGGUUUGCCAUUUGUGUGCGCCGCUGUUUGCUGUGCUGUGAAAAGACUUUUCAUUAAUCAUUCAUCAAAACAUAUUUAAAAACAUUUUUCCCGCUGAAAUAUGCAGCGUCCCGUACGUACGAGCUGUACCUCCCCGUACCACUUGACCACUUGCGCUUUCCCACUCCGCGGAGCCGGCGUUGGCCUAAUGCAGCAGCGAGAAGGACCUUGCUUCCUUCUCCAAAACCGUUAGGCCUCGGCUCAACGCGUUCAGCGUUCACUUUAUGUGAAGUUCGCGAAGCUCGAGCGAUUGGAUCGUUCGGGUUUUUGCGAUGACUACCAUGGCAGGAAAGAAGUCCUAUAUGUAUUAGGCAGCCAGCCACCCCCCCUCUCCCGCACACCGGUUGUUAGAAAUGCUAGAAAUACGACCACAGCGACACGGUCGCUGAAUCGCGAAACGAAACAAGCGAAAGCGUGCCUCCGCUGCAGGUCCUAUCUACGUCUCUACGAUGUUCGCUGAUUUUCUGGUCAAAAACAACGUAAAAAUGUGCUCAUCCCCUCCUCCCCAUUCUCCUCUCCCUUGCCGUUGAAGACAACAAACGGCAUCGGGAAUGAACGGUAUCGAUAGGGAGCAGGAGAACGCCCCGGAAGUUGGACGUUGGCACGAUGCUGAACGUCGGACGAUGCACGAUUUUGCGAUGUGUUCGUUCAUAAUUAAUAACAUGCCACUGAAAAUUGCAACUGAUGCCUACACACACACACAGCUCUAGACACACAUACACGCACCGCCCGUAUCUGCCUGAAUCAUUUGAUACGUUGCCGAAUCGAUCGAUCGCAAAAGGAAUAUCGAAACGGGGGAAUAGGAUAUUGCCAAGGUUACGGAAAGUUAAUACCUAUUAUUUAAUUUAUCAUCUUCUACACAGCCUUUUGGAGUCAAGCUUUACAAUUUUUUUUUUGUUUAAAAAAGGCGGAAUGUUGACAAAUUUACAUACUGUAAACGAAAAUCGAUGAUGUUUUAUUUUGUUUCAAAAAUAUCGGUAAAAAGUGUGGACAGGUAAUAUUUAAUUCAUUGCACGUGCCCUAACCUUACGAAGGGCAGCCUUUGCAUUUACCUUCGUGAUUAAAUAAUGCACUUCAUUGUGUGUGUGUGUGUGUGUGUGUGUGUGUGUUUUUUUUUUAUACUCCCUUUCUUCCUUACAUCUAUAAAUGUAUGCAUCUUGGUCGGUUUCUUCAGAACUGGUGGUGCAAAGGGCGCAAAAACCCAACUCCUUGGCGCCCUUUCUGCACUGAAGCUCCGGCACGGGCACGGGCAAGGGCUUCCGUUUUGAGUUUAAGGUUCACUUUCUGCUAUCUUUUUCGUGUGGCUCCUAGCUUUUGCUUCGAUCGAGAGAAGGUAAAAAACAAACCGCCACCAUAAGGGAGGGAAGUGAAAGGAGGCGCUGCGCACAAAUGAGGGGGUGUAUUAAUAAAAUAUCCGGUUAGGAUUAAUUAUGGAUGCGUUGUUCGAUGGUUUUGCCCGAUUCAGCCCGCUCGUACAGCCGCUGGGCGAAGCGCUGGUGUAAAGCGGGCAGAAGGGUUUGCACAGAAAGUUGAAGCAAAGGAAAAGAAAAA